AUGCUAGCAUCCAUCACAAUGGAAAUGGUGCGCUCUUUCCCCCAGAACUCCAGUGCUUCGAUACGCCAACCUUCAGCGGAGGAUCUAGACGCUGCCCAGCAGCUGAUUUCGUCUUCGCAGGCGGGUCGCGAACAUUCAACAGAUCAUUCUGGUGAUUAUGCACCGAUCAAGGCAUCACAAAGCCCUGUAUCAAGGUAUGGUACCUUGCCUGAUGGUGGGUAUCAACUCCUACGUCGCGAUAAGACGUCUCCCAAGACGACUCAAAAAGAUGCACCCUUCCUGGGACAUUCGUGCAGUAAUUGCGGCACAAAAAAUACACCUCUUUGGCGUAGGUCUCCAACUGGUGCGAUGAUCUGCAACGCUUGUGGACUUUAUCUGAAGGCUCGCAACGUCGCCCGUCCUACAAAACGAACUCGUGCACACCAAAGUACCAGUGCUCCUGACAAGGCGGCGGCCACUCCUUCUCCCCAUGAUUACAAGAAAGUGACAACGGGUGGCGGUGGUUGUGGAGGGUCUUGUCCGGGUAAUGGAAGUUGCAAUGGUACUGGCGGUGCUGAGGGGUGUGAUGGCUGUCCGGCGUACAACAACCGCAUCUUUAAGCCUGCCCUGGCUCCUCACCCCCCUUCGUGGAGUAGUCGCACUUCUCCGGUUGAAAAUGACACAGCUCUUCCCACAGAGCCUGAGGCACCGAGUAAACCUACAACUGAUGCAAAUGGCACGCUGGUCGCAUGCCAGAAUUGCGGCACGACUGUCACUCCUCUCUGGCGACGUGAUGAGCACGGUCAUCCCAUUUGCAAUGCUUGUGGCCUUUAUUAUAAGCUUCACGGCUGCUAUCGUCCGACAAACAUGAAAAAGUCUAUCAUAAAGCGUCGCAAACGUGUUGUUCCAGCGCUUCGCGACCAUUCCCCGACAGCCACUACCCAUUCGUCCAACGGUUCGUCCGUCUCCCCCGAGACAUCUCCUGCCGCGCUUGCCUACCAUGACGAUCACCAACGCUACAUGAGCAAUGAGCCAGCGGAUCCUGAUCAUUCGAUGCCUGGUUGGGGUUUGCACGAGGAAGCACCACGACUUGCAUUCGCCCCUCCUCCAGUUGAUUUCACCGACUUCUACACCACCCCUGCUCCUGCGCACCACCACCCGUUUCCGAAACUGCUGGAACCGGAAAGAUUGGCCCACUCGCCAGUUUCUCAGCAUGGACGGAGAUCGGUGUCUCCAAAUUCUCUUGGCCUUCCUAAGAAAAGAACCCUCGCUGAGACUACGGCAGAAGGCAUGCCCACCCCAAACAGCUUGGAAUCCGAAUCCAAUCACCUUCCGCCUAUCAUGUCCUCGCUCAAUCAUACACCUCCGGGCCGUUUGAGCUCGAUCUCCUCCAUCUUGAAUCAGACAGAUAACCGUGGCUUGAAUCAAGCCGACGGCCGUGCCAACUUCCAGGGACACCAACCAUCUUAUGCCUCUCCUCUUUCUACAACCACUCAAUCGCAGGCGCUUCCAGGCAUAAUGAUUCAUUCUUAUGCUGAUACCGCAGCAGAACGACGUGCCAAGCUGCAACGUGAAGCCGAGCAAAUGCGGGAAGCACUUCGCGCCAAGGAGCGUGAACUGGCCGAAAUCAACCUCUAG